AAAAGGAACGCCGCGCAGCGCAAGUGACAUUUCGUCAGAGCGCGUCUAGUCCGCGGAGUUCGCGAGCACUUUACAGAGCGCAAGGCUUCUAUAUUGAUUAAAAGAAGAGGAGAAAUUAUCGUCGGCGACAACAAUUUCUAAAAAGUAUCAGUGUGAACAGGAGUGAAAUAUUUACGUAACCAACAUUCGGCACAGAAUAUAGCCUGACAAAGCCAAAAAAAAUUGAGGAGGUUGUCUUCCAGACAAGAUGAAUCGCUGCACAGCUGCGUUAAUUUUGCUGGUUAUUGCUAUAUAUUUUCUCAACGUAGAAGCUUACAAGUGCAGGUGCACACGCAAGGGACCAAAGAUCCGGUACAAGGAUGUGCAGAAACUGGAGAUAAAACCUAAACACCCCUUCUGCCAGGAGAAGAUGAUCUUUGUUACCAUGGAGAAUGUGUCUCGCUUCAAAGGGCAGGAGUACUGCCUGCACCCUAAACUGCAGAGUACCAAGAACCUGGUAAAAUGGUUCAGGAUCUGGAAGGACAAGCACAGGGUAUAUGAGGCCUAAGACCCAAGUGGAUGCAAAAGAGUGGGGAAAAAAAACAUCCAGACAGAUCAGACUGUUUUUCGAAAGCACAAGACAUAUCCCAAAACACUUAUGGCUUCCUCAGAUAUAAAGUAGGGUAAGAUUUACCAAGGACAUACAAUUUAUAAUCCACUGGUGCCAUUUUUAAAAGAAUGAAGUCAAGUAAGGCAUGAUAGUAUUACUGACUUAAGUAUUUCUCAGUCGUAAUUACAGUUCAUAGUAGCAUGUCCUGUAUGUAUAUAUUAAAGACUAUUUACCAAUUUCAGCAUUAACCUGCAAUGCUGUGGGAAAGGUCCUUGAUAAUUCUGGUCCAUAGUGUGUUUGGAUAGAAAACAUUGAGCCCCUAAACCUAUAUAUAUAUAUAUAUAUACAUAUGUUCCAGGACUAUGUCAGUGUCUUGGAGCAUGCGCUGGGAUCCAGUGGUUUUUACUGUUGUAUCCCCUGGGAUUUACACUGUUGUCUUAGUGUGCUUUCCAGAAAUGUAGAACAAAUAUAGUAUAUGUGUGUAGUGAAACAGAUAAAGGGGUUGUCUUUUUAAAAUUCUUUUUUUCUCUGUUUUUGGCAGUUUUAUAAUAUAUGUAUUUAUUUUUACUGUAAGGCACAGCAUCAUAGUCCCUAUCUUAUUAUUUUCAUUUGCAAACAUGCAUUACAAAGGAUUAUAAAAAUAACUUGGAAGGCAUGUCUGUUAAGAUUACACUAUUAUUCUAAGAAACUGUUCUUUCAACUGAAACAUGAUUUCGUCCUGGUCAUCUUGGUGAAGGGUAACAUGCAUGGGGCUGGAGCGAUGCUCCAGAAGACUGUCCUAUGUGCCUCAUCGGCUUGGGAUGUGGAGAAAUGCAGCCAGGAACAUACCUGUGAUUUACAUUUACAUUCACAUUUAUUUACAUGCUUCCAUGGUUAUCCACUGAGAGUUUUAAUUUAAAAUGUAUCAGACCUGUAAGUGUAAUGGAAGAUUCCCCAAUUGCCUGUCAGAUAAGCACUUAACAUCUACGACUGAUAACCUUAUUCAAUAGUGCUCCACUCCUGCCCUUUCGGUUAUACAUGCUCACUGUUUGAAUGGCACUGGUGUUGAUUAAAGUGGUUCCAUUGUACAUAUACAUAAACAAAAAGGGAACAGAUUACUUUAUCACUCACAGUAUCAUAUUGCAUACGUACAGCCAUUGAUUAACAAGCUGGUCAUCAUUCUGAUAUUCUGUGAUGAAAAGUGUUUUGUGAUGGACUGCACAGCUAAUUUGUGAAUGUCCAAUACGACCCAAGGCGAUUUCAAAUGAUGGUUACUUGUGUCCACCCAUUCAAUGAGAUUAUUUCAUUAAGGGGUAUAAUUAUUUUAUAAACUGUUAUUUUUUAUUAAUCUUUGAUAUGAUGCCAUUUGCAUUUCCACCAAACUGAAUGUUAUGUCUAAUACUCUAUUCUUUGCUAAAACUGUGCAUUCUACUUGUUUUAUAUACUAUAUAUAAAUAUAUAUAUAAAUAAGCAGCUUGUAAAUACACCAGUAGCCUAUGUUACAGAAAAUCAAAUUCAUUUAUGAUAUCUUAGUGUAAUGUAUUGUAUUACUGAGUUAUCGUUUUGCUAUUUAAAUGUUCAAUAACAGAAAUAUUCGCGUUUCUGCGUUGGGGCUCACCCACCCAACACAUCUUUCCAAGAAAUUCCAAGGAGUGUACGUAAUGACCAAGCAAUAAAAUGGUUUGA